CCUAUUUUUCUAACAGAGCUGCACGUGGUUUUUUGAAACUUUUGACGUACAAAAUGACACGAGAUUUUAUACACUAAACGACACAACUGUCUUACACUAUGACGCUAGAUAUUUUACUAACAGUUCUACUAAUGGAAUAAAUAUAUUUGCCUUGCACAGCUUGCGCGCUCGGUCUGCACCCAUAUCUACUCUGUAGUAGAUAACGUGGGUAGAUACUGGCAGUCACAAGCUCAGGCUCAGGGUACUUAUUCUGUUGUUGGCGACACUGCAAUUACGACUUAUUUUCUCUCACCGCCGCCAGGUGCGCUGCAAUCGAUUUGGCGCGCAGCGAGUCUGCGGCCAAUUCCUGAAGUGCUACAAGGCUGCAGGUGAGCAAGGUGCCAAGGUUAGUGUGUCAUGGCGGCGGCGUGGAGUGUUCGCGCCUGCAUUUCGCAACCGGCCAGCUGAUAAUGUGUCUGUCUUCACUCCGCGGCGAUUUGCAGUCUCUACAACCAACCAGACACGACGCGGCCCUCUAGUGCUGCUGACUGCGUGAGAAGUACACUAGUAAUUUCAGGGCGGCAGGGAGGGGGCAGGCAUGGCCUCGCUAGGACGGCUGCGGCUCGGGUGGAUACACAGCUGCUCGGUGUGCCACAGUCGCGGCAUGGCGUCCAGGCUGGUGGCUGUGCCCGAGGCGCGGAGGUUCGUGCGGGAGGCCAUGGAGGCGGUGGGCACGUGCCGCGAGCACGCCACUGCCCUCGCCGACCUGCUGGUGGAGGCGGACUGCCGGGGCCACUACAGCCACGGCCUCAACCGGCUAGAGCUGUACGUGGGAGACGUGAGGAACGGCAUGUGCGCGAGCAACAACAAGCCGGCCGUGCUGAAGGAGUCGCCGUCCACGGCCUGGGUGGACGGCAACAACUCCCUGGGCGCCGUCGUCGGCAACUACUGCAUGCAGCUGGCCAUGGACAAGGCGCGCGCCACGGGCGUCGGCUGGGUCUCCGCCAAGGGUAGCAAUCAUUUUGGCAUCGCUGGGUGGUAUACAAUGAUGGCGGCUAAGCAAGGAUUGAUAGGGAUGAGCUUCACCAACACAUCUCCUCUGUUGAGUCCAACCAGAUCAAAAUCAGCUGCCCUCGGCACGAACCCAAUCUCCGUGGCCGCCCCGGCCAGCCAGGGUGACAGCUUCGUGCUCGACAUGGCGACUACCGCAGUGGCAGUCGGCAAGAUAGAAAUGCAGAUGAGGAAGGAGGAGCCGAUCCCGGAGGGCUGGGCCCAGGGACCCGACGGCCGGCCCACCACGGACGCAGAGCUGGCCUUCGACACGGGCUGCCUGAUGCCGCUCGGCGGAGAAGAACACACCUCCGGCUACAAGGGCUACGGCCUGGCGUUGGCCGUCGAGACCUUCUGCGGCAUCCUGUCCGGCGCGCUGUACGGCCAGCACGUGCGCACGUGGAAGACCACGGGCAGCGCCACGGUGGCCGACCUGGGCCACUGCUUCGUCGCGGUCGACCCGGGCUGCUUCGCCCCCGGCUUCCAGGACCGCAUGAGCGACAUGCUGCAGCACCUCAGGGGGAUGGAGGCGGCUGACCCGUCGAAACCCGUGUUGGCCCCGGGAGACCCGGAGAGGAUUCACACCCGGCUGGUGGAAGAGCAGGGCGGCAUACCGUAUCACGAGAACCAGAUCAAAGCUGCGGUGGAGUUGGCCAAAACAAUUAAGAUUCAGCCUCUGAAAACAAAAUAAUGCCAAAUCAAUGGGUUAUAACAAUCAUCAAUUUAAAAUUUAUUUCUCCUGUCAUGAAAAAAUGGUUUGAAUUAUUUUUAGAAAACUGUAUACUGUUUAUCAUGUUACAGCGAGAUUAUUAAUAUUGAAGAAAUAAGAAAGAAAGUGUUUUAAACAGUGUGUUGUGAAAAGGCCAGUAUUGAUUACUUGCUUUUAGAUGGUGAAUUGAUAGUAUACAUUGUUCAUACUACAAAUGCAGUUGCUUUAACAAGUAAACACUAUGUAAUAUCAUUUUUUAAAAAAAUAACAUCUGCUUCAUCUACUUCUUUGUAGAUGACGAGAAAGAAAUAUUGUAUUUAGAAGAAAUGCUACCUGAAACCCUAAGGGGGUGUGUUUUAUUUUAAAUUGUUGAUAAAUAAAACAACUUAUAACUA